AUGUGUAUUCUAGUUCUAAUGAUUAUUCCAUCCGAGAAAUUUACACAAACUAUUGAUUCUGAAGGCGAACUACCGAAUUUAAUUGAUAAUUUGCCAACAAUCAUGGCUCUGAUGGACCUGGACCCUGAGAGCCCCCUUAUGCAUAUCCCGAAUGAUACGGCUAAAAAAUGCCGGAUUUUAACCGAGUUCACUUUCGGUCAAGACCACGCCUACAAACUGGCCGACGCGUUGGAAAUGUCAGCCCAAACGAGGGCCGCCGAUCAAUUGCGCCAGUUCAAUUCAGCGGAAACACCAUGGUUAAACUCUUAUGAAGUAUACAUGAAUGUGACACCCGCUCAAACACUUCGGUCCGGCGGGUCUCAUUUGUACCAAAUGGACGCCCGACCCCGUGGUGUAGCCAUAAUAUUUGUUACCAACACCGACCUGUAUAACGAGGCCGAACGAUUCAGGUCAAUUUUUGAACAGUUGCUAUUUGACUCUGUUGUGCAUGUGCAAUUGACCCGGGACCAAAUUAUGGAUAGACUUAGCGAGGUGUCCGACUCACCUGAAAAAUAUCAUGGCGAUGCCUUUGUUAUGAUGUUCAUCGGCCCCGGAUAUAACGAAAAUAUCAUCGGGUGGUCUGCGCAGCCGCAGUGGCCGCCGGCAUCGGCCGAUGUUAUGCCCAUCAGUGAUAUAAUGGACAUGUUUUCCGAAACCCGGUGCAGUCGCUUGCGCCUAAAGCUCAAGUUGUUUAUAUUCAACUGUUGCCGUCAAAAAUUCUCCGAUGCAACCUCAGUGCCCACAACCACAACGGCCCCCAAUCUUAAUAUGCGGUGUUCAAAAUGUUUUGGUCAGUUACCUUGUUCAAAGCACGAAUCCGCACAAAGUGACACUAUGGUCAGUUUGAUGAGCACGUGGAAAAAAGGCUGGUACCAGGAAUUCCCGGGCACUCCCAUCGGUCACGUAAGUGAAUUCGGUCAGGCGUUCAGUCAUACCAUAGCGCAGUACUCGUGGUAUAAAAACCUCAAUCAACUCUUUGUUAUUAACGUUAAACGUAUGGAAGAAAAUUUGGCGAGAAUGGGAGAGUCCGAGCGCCGUCCGGAAAUCAACAUAUUUGCAGGGGAUAGAGGGAUUUAUUUUAACCCUGGUCUAUGGAAAGAGUAG